AAUAGUUUCUCAUAUCCUCAUAUCACAGUCACAAAGCCACCCAGCAAAACUUCAAUAACCCCACACUUCUUUCUGGACAUGGGUUGUUAUGAUUGCUGUAUCCGGUGCAUUGGGGCAGUGCCCUACCCAUCCUUGGUGGCCACCUUGCUGUGCUAUGCUGGCAUGGCAUUAUUUUGUGGCUGUGGGCACGAAGCGUUGACCCAGACCGAAGUCCUGGUCGAGAAUUACUUCGCUCGCAGCGGUCAGGACUAUGAGGUCAUGGCCUCCUUUAUCAAAUAUUUCCAGUAUGUGAUCUACGGCCUGGCAUCAUUUUUCUUCCUCUACGGUAUCCUGUUGCUGGCUGAGGGUUUCUACACCACGAGCGCUGUCAAGCAGACCUUCGGUGAAUUCAGGAGCACCCAGUGUGGCCGCUGCCUCAGCCUGACGUUUAUCAUUGUGACAUACAUCUUGGCCUUCAUCUGGCUGGCAGUGUUUGCCUUCAGUGCUAUCCCAGUCUUCUUCUUGUUUAACAUGGAGCAGACCUGCCACAACAUCAACAUCCUGGCUGAAACAACCCCCAGCAUAAAUCAGCAUGGCUGGAUUUGCAUGGACGCCAGGCAGUAUGGUCUGCUUCCUUGGAAUGCAAUGCCAGGCAAGGCUUGUGGAAUGAGCUUGGCAUCUAUUUGCAAAACCAGCGAAUUCUACGUCACCUAUGACUUGUACAUAGCUGCAUUUGCUGGUGCCGGGGUCACUCUCUUAGCACUGUUUCUGUAUCUGGCUGCCACCACUUACAACUACGCAGUCUUGCGGUUUCUGGGCAGGAAAGGCAUCCGCUAAGUGUAACAUCUUCAUCCCAGUCAACCCCACCUUCCGGCUAUGAGAUGGACAGUCAACACAUUUCCGG